AUGUCAGACUCAGCGGUCGUCUCUCUACUCCGACGCCUGAUGCAAGUCCCAUCAACAAGCGAAGAAGAACAUGACAUCGGCAUCUUCCUGGAACAACAUCUCCAAGGUCUCGGUUACACAGUUGAAAGAGUCCCGAUCAGUUCUGACAGCACUCGGUGCAAUGUCUACGCCUACUUAGGUUCUUCCCGCAAAACUCGAACCUAUGUGAUUUACGGAAGAGGUGCAUGCGAUGACAAGGGACCUUUAGCCGCACAAAUAACCGCACUUGAGGAACUUCGAGCUGAAGGCCUAGUUCAGCCAGAAGAUGUCUCUCUUCUGUUCGUUGUUGGAGAAGAGAAAGGUGGACCGGGGAUGCUUGCAGCCAACUCGAUGCAAUUGACCUGGGAAGCGGUUAUAUUCGGAGAGCCUACUGGGGGCAAACUUGCGGUAGGCCACAAGGGGCAUUUUGUUUUUGAGCUUGUUAGUGAAGGUAUUCCUUCUCACUCGGGUUACCCGCAGCGAGGACGCAGUGCCAUAUCUACCAUGACUACACUCUUGGCCGAUUUGGAACAGCUUGAACUUCCAGCUUCAGAUAUUAUUGGGCCUUCCACAUUCCAUUGUGGCCAGAUUACUGGUGGUGUUGGCUAUAAUAUCCUAGCGGCCGAAUGUACUGCUCUCUGUGCUGUUCGGGUUGCGAAUGACUUGGCCCUGAUUGAGAAGCUGGUGGAAGAAACUGUGUCAAAAUAUGAUCAUGUGCAGCUUCGAAAGAGAUUCAUGUAUCCGGAACUGUAUUUGGAUCAUGAUAUCCCGGAACUGGAGACUAUCGCAGUUUCAUUCGGCACAGAUGCGCCACGCUUGAAAGGGGAGCAUAAGAAGUAUCUGUACGGUCCUGGUUCGAUUUUGGUGGCGCACGGUGAAAAUGAGCAGAUUGGGGUCAGCCAACUCGUUGCCAGUGUUCAAGUGUACAAGCAAAUUGUCAAGCACUGUCUAUCUCGUUGA